AAGGAAGAGCCCAGUACCUACACCUGCACCACCUGUAAACAGGCCUACGGCAGCGCUUGGUUCCUGCUCCAGCACGCCCAGAAUACCCAUGGCUUCCGCAUCUACCUGGAGAGCGAGCACGGCCAUGGCAGCCCCCUCACCCCCCGCAUGGGCAGACCUUCCUCCCUGGGUGGUGGCGCAGACUGCCCCUCACAGCCCCCUCUCCACGGCCUCCACCUGCCUGAGGCCAGCCCCUUCAGCCUCCUCCGCAUCCCAGGAUCAGGCUCGGGGGGCCGGGAUGGAGGGGGUGGGCACCAGCGUUUUCCCCCGACGCCGCCGCUCUUCAGUCCCCCUCCACGCCACCACAUGGACCCCCACCACCGGAAUCCAGAGGAGCUGACGCUGGCAGCCCACCAUCCGAGUGCCUUCGACAGGGUGCUGCGCCUCAACCCCCCUAUGCCCCUGGACCCCCCAUCGGCCAUGGACUUCUCUCGCCGGCUGAGGGAGCUGGCGGGCAACACCUCAGGGUCCACUCCCCCCCACUCUCCCAACCAGCCCAGCCAUAUGCAACGGCUGCUCCAACCAUUCCAGCCCGCUGGAGGAGGAGGUGGAGGGGGUUGGCGGUGGGGGAAAGCCUCCCUACCUGUCCACCCCCCCUCCCCUGCCUCCCUCCAUGCAGUCCCCCUCGGGUUCCCAUACCACCCCCACCACCCCACUGCCAUCCUCAGGCCCCCAGCCCUCGACUCCUCUGAAGACCAAGUCGUGCGAGUUCUGUGGCAAGAGCUUCAAGUUCCAGAGUAAUCUCAUUGUGCACCGGCGCAGCCACACAGGCGAGAAGCCCUACAAGUGCCAUCUGUGUGACCACGCCUGCACCCAGGCCAGCAAGCUCAAGCGCCACAUGAAGACGCACAUGCACAAGUCGGGUUCGCCCAAUGCUGAAAAGUCGGAAGAUGGGCUCUCUGCAGCCUCCUCACCCGAGCCAGGCACCAGCGAUCGAAUGGGCAGCGCCAGCAGUGCCCUCAAGUCAGUGGUGGCCAAGCUUAAGAGUGAGAACAACAAACUGCGCCGGGAGAAUGGGGAGGAGGAGGAGGAAGAAGAGGAAGAAGAAGAGGAAGAGGAGGAGGAAGAAGAAGAGGAGGGUGAAGAGGAGGAAGAGGAGGGGGAGGAGGAAGAAGAAGAGAAGGUGGAUGGAGCUAGGAGAAACAACAACAGCUACCACUUCAGCUUGAGUCUGGAGGCAGCGCGGCACCAUGACAACAACGGCAGCAUUGGGGUCGGGGGAGUUGGGGUUCACCUGGUAGGAGGAGAGGAGGGUUCCAUCCCUCGCUCACUGCCUGAGGUGAUGCAGGGCAUGGGGUUGGCGGCCAGCAUGCAGCACUUCAGCGAAGCCUUUCACGCACACAAGCGCAGCGCGCUGGACCAAGAAAACCACAUACACCACCACAUCCGCGAGCACACACAACGCCAGCUGUGUGAUGAGGACUCAGCGCUGGAGUCGGACCGUGGAGAUGGGGGCUGCAUCUCGGCCGUGGCCAUCAACGGGCGCGGCACGUCCCCCAGCGAAGCAGCCUCGGUGGGCCUCUCCAAGAAGCUGCUCCUGGGCAGCCCUAGCCCCCUCAGCCCCUUCUCCAAACGCAUCAAGCUGGAGAAGGAGUUUGACCUGCCUACCCCCACCAUCCCCAACACAGAGAACGUCUACUCCCAGUGGCUGGCCGGCUAUGCCGCCUCCCGACAACUCAAGGACCCCUUUCUGAACUUUGGAGGAGACUCCAGACAAUCGCCCUUCGCCUCUUCUCCAUCGGAGCACUCGUCUGAGAAUGGCAGCCUGCGCUUCUCCACCCCUCCUGGGGAGCUGGAUGGGGGGGUGUCGGGCCGCAGCGGGACAGGGAGUGGGGGGAGCACGCCCCACCUGGGGGCUCCGCUGACUCGUCCUGGCUCAAAGGACAGCAGCAGGCGCACCGACACCUGUGAGUACUGUGGCAAGAUUUUCAAGAACUGUAGCAACCUGACGGUGCACCGGCGCAGCCACACGGGCGAGAGGCCUUACAAGUGCGAGCUGUGCAACUACGCCUGCGCCCAGAGCAGCAAGCUCACACGCCACAUGAAGACACACGGGCAGAUCGGCAAGGACGUGUACAAGUGUGAGAUCUGUCAGAUGCCCUUCAGCGUGUACAGUACCUUGGAGAAACACAUGAAAAAAUGGCACAGUGACCGCCCCUUGAGCGCCGAAAUUAAGUCUGAG